UGUCUACCCCAUGGAGAGAGCCACUCCAUCAGAGAGUGGCCUAUGCCUGCAUCCAAGGAGUCAGGGCUGAGGAUGAGGAGACUCUUGGGACCCAGAAGAUCAUGUCCUGCCUGAAUGCCCAGCCUGAAAGCCUGAAGGGCCUGCCCUAACAGGGCCUCAGCAGCUGCCUGGUGAUUGCUACUUUGGCCCCUCUCUGCGUGAGCGCCUUGUCAACAUGAAAUACAGUCUCCAUUUGACCUUUGUGUGUCUGAGUCUCUUGACUCCAAGGAUGUGCAUCCAGGGGAAUCAGUUCAACAUUGAGGUCAGCAGAAGUGACAAGCUCUCCCUGCCUGGCUUUGAGAAUCUCACAGCAGGAUAUAAUAAAUUUCUCAGGCCCAAUUUUGGUGGAGAACCAGUUCAGAUAGCACUGACUCUGGACAUUGCAAGUAUUUCUAGUAUUUCAGAGAGUAACAUGGACUAUACAGCCACCAUAUACCUCAGACAGCGCUGGACGGACCAGCGGCUGGUAUUUGAAGGCAACAAGAGCUUCACUCUGGAUGCGCGCCUUGUGGAGUUCCUCUGGGUGCCAGACACUUACAUUGUGGAGUCCAAGAAGUCCUUCCUCCAUGAAGUCACUGUGGGCAACAGGCUCAUCCGCCUCUUCUCCAAUGGCACAGUCCUGUAUGCUCUCAGAAUCACAACGACUGUUGCAUGUAACAUGGACCUGUCUAAAUACCCCAUGGACACACAGACAUGCAAGUUGCAACUGGAAAGCUGGGGUUACGAUGGGAACGAUGUGGAGUUCAGCUGGCUGAGAGGGAACGACUCGGUGCGUGGGCUGGAAAACCUGCGUCUUGCUCAGUACACCAUACAACGGUAUUUCACCUUAGUCACCAGAUCACAGCAGGAAACAGGAAAUUAUACACGACUGGUCUUGCAAUUUGAGCUUCGGAGGAAUGUCCUGUAUUUUAUUUUGGAAACCUAUGUUCCUUCCACUUUCCUGGUGGUGUUAUCCUGGGUUUCAUUUUGGAUUUCCCUUGAUUCAGUUCCUGCAAGAACCUGUAUCGGAGUGACCACCGUACUGUCAAUGACAACACUGAUGAUCGGGUCCCGCACUUCUCUUCCUAACACCAACUGUUUCAUAAAGGCCAUCGAUGUGUACCUGGGAAUCUGCUUUAGCUUCGUGUUUGGGGCCCUAUUGGAAUACGCAGUUGCCCACUACAGCUCUUUACAGCAGAUGGCAGCCAAAGACAGGGGGACGGCGAAGGAAGUGGAAGAAGUCAAUAUUACUAACAUUAUCAACAGCUCCAUCUCCAGCUUUAAACGGAAGAUCAGCUUUGCCAGCAUUGAAAUUUCCGGUGAUAAUGUUGACUAUAGUGACUUGACCAUGAAAACCAGUGACAAGUUCAAGUUUGUCUUCCGAGAUAAGAUGGGCAGGAUUGUUGAUUAUUUCACAAUUCAAAACCCCAGUAAUGUUGAUCGCUAUUCCAAAUUACUAUUUCCUUUGAUUUUUAUGCUAGCCAAUGUAUUUUACUGGGCAUACUACAUGUAUUUUUGAGAGUAUGCUGAAUUGUUUGCAUGCCAUGGUUCUUCAAAAGAACAAAGUAAUGAUGCAAGCAGUUUUCGAAGCCAAGUGUGCAUGCUAAACAAGUGAGUGGAUAGCAUCUGAGCAUUUCUCCUCAAAGAAUAUUCCCCUACCCGUUAUUUAAGCUGUGUAGAAGUCCUAGCAUUACAGAGACUUAUAAUAGAAAUAACAAGUCAUUCCUUUUUUAUCUUUACCAAAGACAUCCCCAUGGAGCCUAAGAUUACAAACCUACUCAGGGUUGACUAUUUGCUCAGUGACUCCCUGGUCUGCAUUUACCUCAUGUAAAAAAAUGAGAAGGAAACUAUUAUAUGUAUUGAGUAACCCUCAAGUGCCAGGGGUUGUUUCUAAAUUAAUCAUACGUGCUAUUUACUAAAUCUCUGCAGUGCUUAUAAAAUGUAUUGUUACCUAUUUAGGGAGUAACACUUUCUAGUUUUUGUUUUUGAUUAAAAUGAAAUCUGAGCCUAAGUCAAUUCACUGAAAGUCACUGUACUAACUCAAUACCAAGAUGAGUCUUUAAUACAGUAUUUCAUACUACAGCAGAACGGUCCCCAAACUCCAAUAAGUUCUAUGACUAAAAAAUCACAUGUAAAUGAAGAAAACAUUAAUAGAUCAACAAUAUCAAAUGCAAAUUUGUUUCUAAGAUAUAAUGGAUUCCCCUGAAUCCAAACUGAAAGGGCUCUGGGGCUUUACUCUCCCAUUUGAUAUGUCUUAUCAUUUUACUAUUAUACGUACACCAGUCCUCAACAAUGCUAAAGCCCUUUCUCCACAUCAGGGAUAGAAAUGGAAGAUUGUUUAAAAAACUUAUUCUAAGGAGUCUUACUAAGAGCUGCGGCCAACAAUACAUGCAGAAUUGAGUCCAUUUCUAUCUGCUACUCUGAGCACCACGUUCCAAGCAGCAGAUCUCCUGCAUCCUUCCAAGAGGAGCUCUUAACCCUAUACUCUAAUGACUAGGAGGGAUGCUUAUCAGAUAAUGAGCUGCAUUACCAAGAAACAAGUGGCUUACAACAAGCUUGGUCUUGCUCAGAACCCCGAUCCUUCUAGCUGGACUACUCUGAGUAGCUUUUCCUGCAUGAGUAGGAGAAUGUUGGCCUAGAGUCCUGAACUUUCUGAGUAACAAUGGGACUUGUUCCAGAAUAUACGUGCAGGCUGCAGAUGAGCUAUCUUUUCCCAGUUCAGCCACUCUCACUCUGACACAAGAAGCACAUUAUGUGCAUCCUUACUCCUUGGUCAAGCUCAGCCAACAGCAUUAUAAGUGGAGACUUGUCAGUGUGCCAUGAGGGAGGCGCCAGGAUGGUGGAACAGCACGGAAAGUUUUUUUUUGCAUUGCUCACCCCUGAGAUGUCAGUUCAGCCUCAACCUGCAUAAAAAGAAUCCUGCCAUCUUUAA